AUGUCGCGAGCUUUAUCGUCUACUAGAGUACUAAUCGGCUCAGAGGUGGGCCCAGGGACACUCAUAUUUUCCAUCGAAACGGGCAAAAUCAUCCACAUUGAAAAAAAAUUGGUGGAGCCGGGCGAUGCAAUACUCCGCGCCUACAAUGUGCUCCCCAUAGACUACAGAAACGUGACUCCCGCGGUGAUCAUGCCCGGUCUAGUCGACGCACACGUGCAUUUGAACGAGCCCGGGCGGACUGAGUGGGAGGGUUUCGCCACGGGCACCAGGGCUGCUGCCGCCGGCGGCGUCACCACGGUGAUCGACAUGCCCUUGAACGCGAUACCGCCCACGACCACCGUGGCCAAUUUCAACUUGAAGAUCAACGCGGCGCGAAACCAGUGCUGGGUUGAUACGGGCUUCUGGGGCGGGCUCAUCCCGACUAAUUUGCAAGACUUGAUCCCGUUGAUCAGGAUGGGUGUCAGAGGGUUCAAGGCGUUUAUGAUUGAAAGUGGAGUUGAGGAGUUUCCCGCGAUCACGCCCCAGAUUAUUGUCGAGGCUAUGAAAUUGGUCAAGCAUGAAAAGACCUUGUUGAUGUUCCACGCGGAGAUGCAGCCAAAGGAACAGCGAGCCGAGUUUGAGUUUUUGGGCGAUGAUGAUGAUGAUGAUGAUGAAGAAGAAGAAGACGAAGAAGAAGGGACAACGUGCAAUAGUGUUGAAGAAGAAGAUGGGUUGGUGUCGCCGGCCACUGUUGAGAGCGAGUUGAUGAAUGGAGAUUUCAACCUCGGCAUGUCGGCCUCAUUUAUCGAUAGAGCACCAAAACCGGUGGUCAAGCUCCUUAGACACGACCACGGUGAUCAUCUUCACGAACACGAAAACUGCAAAUUGCCUCAUAACCACGCCGGGUCCAUUGAUCACAAGAUUCUAUCUGACGCUCAAGCGAGAGCCUUGGCAAGAACUCCAGCGUUGGCAGGUGCGGAACCAACUUUUGGCAAAUAUGCAAUCAAGGUCAACAAGAUUGGCCGCGAUGGGUCAACGCAGGACCCGCCAUAUAGACUCAACCCGGAAAGCCCCAUGAUUGAAGAUACCAAAGUCAGCACUCCACUCUUUAUGGCCGCGCAAACAGACUCGAUUUUGGCCAACAUCGAUGCCACUUCAUAUGCAUCAUUUCUCGCGUCAAGACCCGAUAACUUUGAAACUACCGCCAUUGCAGAAAUCAUCAACUGCGCAACCAUGAUCCCGAGUGUCCCACUCCACAUUGUGCAUUUGGCAACGCACGAAGCCAUCCCCUUGCUCAGAGCAGCCAAGGCCAAAGGUUUGCUCAUCACGGCGGAAACCUGUUUCCACUAUUUAUCACUUUGCGCGGAAAAAAUCGGCAACUGCUCGACCCACUUUAAAUGCUGCCCGCCAAUUCGAACCGAUGACAAUAGGAAACUUCUUUGGAAAGCAUUGAGAAACGAUAUCAUCACCACGGUAGUGUCUGACCAUUCGCCAUGCACGCCCGAUCUCAAGGGCAUGGAAAAGGGGGACUUUUUUGAGGCCUGGGGCGGGAUAUCUAGUGUCGGGUUUGGCUUGCCCAUCUUGUUCACCGAGGGGCAAAAACUCAACCCGCCCGUCUCGUUGCCCGAGAUUAACAAGUGGUGCUCGCUAAACACGGCGAAGCAAGUUGGCUUGGACCACGUUAAAGGUUCGUUUCAAUUGGGAUAUGAUGCCGAUAUAUGCAUAUUUGAUACCGAGGCGGUUUUCAGGAUUGAAAACAACGACACUUUUUUCAAGAACAAGUUGACGGCGUACGAUGGUAUGGAGUUUAACGGCCGGGUGUUGGAGACUUUGGUUCGAGGUGUCACUGUUUAUGCUUAUGGCAAGGGCCAUUCGGAGGUGCCCACUGGCAAUUUGAUUUUAGAACCAAGGAAAUGA